UACAUCCCCUUUUAUAUAUAACCCACAAUCCCUAUUUCAACACCACCACUGCGUCUUCUUAAAACAUACCAAAAACCACAUUCCUUCAUCUCUCUUCUUCCUCUUUUUUUUUGCCCUGUUGAGGGUUUCUUUCUGAAUGCAAUCGAAUCUCGAAGGACUUUUAAUCGACAUCAACUGUUUUUGGAUCAUAUUUGUGUGUUUUUUGGUGAAAGAUCUGGUGUUUUUGGUGGGUUUUUAUCAGAAGUUUCAAAGAUGCCUGCUUUGGUUAAUUACAGGGGGGACGAUUAUCAUACCGGUGGAACCCUCUGCUCGAAAGAUUCGAGCCGUUUGCUUUCGGUUGCAUCCCAUCAGGAUGUUUACAGUCCGCCUUGCAAACGUCUUCGAAUCAGCGGUUCGUACUUUCUCUUCUUCGAAGAGGAAAAUAAACAAUCGAUCGACCUUCUUCCUGAUGAAUGUCUUUACGAGAUCUUUAGACGUUUGCCCGGAGGCCAAGCCCGAAGUGCUUCGGCUUGUGUCUCGAAACGUUGGCUCACGGUCUUGAGUACCAUUAGGAAGUCGGAGAUUGUUUCCGAUAAUGGAUCAUCAAAUGAUGUUGAAAUGAUCUCUCAGGAGAACGAUGGGUUUCUUACCAGAUGUUUAGAAGGAAAGAAAGCAACCGAUGGUCGGCUUGCAGCCAUUGCCGUCGGUACAUCUGCCCGUGGCGGUUUGGGCAAGCUUUCGAUCAGGGGAAGUAACAAAGUUACCAAAUUGGGGUUUGCGGCAAUUGCUCGUGGGUGCCCUUCGCUUAAGGUGCUUUCGUUAUGGAACGUUCCUUCCAUCGGGGAUGAAGCUUUAAUCGAGAUAUCUAAAGAAUGUCAUUCGCUAGAAAAGCUUGAUCUUUGCCAUUGCCCUUCGAUUUCCAACAAGGGUAUAGCUGCAAUCGCCGAAAACUGCCCGAACUUGUCUUCUUUGACGAUCGAGUUUUGCAAGAACAUCGGGAACGAGAGUCUUCAAUCCGUUGCCCGAUUCUGCCCGAAUUUACAAUCGAUCUCCAUCAAAGACUGCCCGCUUGUUGGGGAUCAAGGAGUAGCUACACUUUUGUCAUCACCUUCUUCGGUUUUGAAGAAACUGAAACUCCAAUCUUUGAACAUAACCGACUUCUCACUUGCUGUGGUCGGGCAUUACGGGAAGUCAAUUUCCAAUCUUGCCCUUAUUAGUCUUCAAAACGCUAGUCAGAAAGGCUUUUGGGCAAUGGGUAACGCAAAAGGUCUUCAGUCGCUAACGUCCUUAAUCGUAACUUCAUGUUAUGGCAUGACCGAUCUGAGCCUUGAAGCUAUCGGAACUGGCUGCUGUUUGCUGAAACAGAUGUUGCUUAAAAAGUGUUGUUUUGUGUCCGAUAAAGGAUUGGUGGCUUUCGCGAAAUCGGCCAAAUCUCUUGAAUGCUUGCAGUUGGAAGAAUGCAAUCGGAUCAGCCAACAAGGGAUCUUGGGAGCUCUUUCGAAUUGCGAAUCAAAGUUGAAAUCUUUAACGAUCGUGAAAUGUAUGGGGAUCAAAGAUUUAGAUCAAGAAACAGCCGAUUUAACCCAAUGUGGAUCUCUUCGAUCUUUAACGAUCAAAGACUGCAUCGGGUUUGGAAACACGAGCUUGGAGAUUGUUGGAACAUUAUGUCCACAGCUACAAAACCUCGAGUUAAGCGGGCUUUGCGGGAUAACUGAUUCUGGUGUAUUCCUGGUUCUUGAAAACUGCAAAUCUGGACUUGUGAAGGUGAAUCUAAGCAAUUGCAUAAACUUGACCGAUAAAAUCGUUGUGGAUCUUGCCAAGAUUCAUGGUGAAACCCUAAAAGUUCUGAACCUUGAAGGCGGCAGGAAGAUUACCGAUGAAAGUUUGAUGGCGAUUGCAGAAAACUGUUCGUUGCUGAACGAUCUCGAUGUUUCAAAGUGCAGUAUCACAGAUUCUGGACUUUCUUGUUUGUCCGAAGGCGUUCAGAUAGACUUGCAGAUCCUUUCAUUAUCAGGUUGUUCCAAGAUUUCUAACAAAAGUCUGCCUUCUUUAAAGAAAUUGGGACAAACCCUAGUUGGAUUAAACAUCCAACAAUGCAAUUCCGUCACCAGUAGCGCAGUCGAUUCACUUGUCGAGAAUCUCUGGAGGUGCGAUAUCCUUUCUUGAAUGUUUGAACAAUAAAGACGGCGGUCAUAGGGUGGUUUUCUGGCGGAUCUUUGGGCUGGCAGUUGGUUUUCCGGGCAUUCUUUGGCCUGUUUGUGGCUCUUUUAGUUUCGCUUUUGUUGAAAGCGAAACUGUUUCGACUGCGGUCCAUGGUUCUUCGAUUACAGGCACCCUGUGGAAGUGGUCAUGAGUGUUUCUGUUUUCUGUCUAGUUUAGGUUAGUCUUCCGGGUUCGUAUGGUUCGAGUCUUUUGUAUGGGUCUGUUUGUCAUGGUUGGGGUUGGGUUCGGUUUGAGGGUGAAGGAGGUGGACCUGGUUUUUGGGCUUUGGUAAAUGGCUGCAGCUGGUGCCAUUUAACACCACUUUUUGUGGUUGUUUUUUGUGAACCAAAGUCCAUGGUUUUUGAUGGGAUGAGGGUCCUGUUUUCCCAGGUUCAUCUUCAUGCUACUUCAAGUUGUACCCUUUUUUUUAUCAAGUAUAAUCAGAUGAAGCUUUUAAUUUCCACCAA